AUAGAAAUCAACUAGUCCUACGUUAGAAUCGGCGCGAAGAACUUUCGUUGACGGUUCAUUCAACAUUUUGCUGAAAACUGAUUUAGCGGUGAUGGCAAAGUGAACUGAAACCAUGUAGUGACAAAAAUGAAUUUAUUCCCUCGUAAAGACUCAAAAGAGUGGAUUAAAAACGAUCUCGCGAGCUCCAUGAAUAAAUCGCAAACGUUUACGCGGCAUCCGCGUCAUUCUGGCGACUUACUAAAAACAUACCAAACUAUUUUUUCGAGGAUAUAAUAUGGGAAUCUGCUUGGAUACAGAGCAAAGUGAUGGUUCUCAAGCUUUCGAAGAAGGGCAGGACACUUGGGUGCAGAACACGCCACGAAGAGCCGAACCGGGCUCCACAACACCACCAACCGGAAAACUACCAAUGCAAAACGACACAGACGUGCAGUUUGAAUCGCCAAAAGUGCCGGUUAUAUUUGUUCUCGGGGGCCCUGGCAGCGGCAAGGUGACUCACUGUGACAGCCUUAUGCAAGAAAAGAAAGGCAUAACACACAUCAACAUGACUGACCUCCUCCAACAAUACGCCAUCGGCAACGAUGGACAAACGAGCUUAAUCAAUAUCGGUAGCGUUCCGACAGAUAUGCAAGAUUUCGGGCUGUUGUCGAGUAAGACCGUCACCGAAGUGCUCAUGCUUGAGAUGAAGAUGGCGCCAACGGCCAAGACGUAUCUCGUCUCGGGGUUUCCCAGGAACAUGAGGGACGUCGUCGAGUAUUCGGAAAAGAUCCAGAUGUUAAGCGGUGCGAUUAUGAUCUCUUGGCGGCAAAAAGUUCUGGAACGACAAAUCGAUUACGGUGCCAAAUUAGGUCAAGUGGUUUUAUCAUUGGCCAGAAUGGAACUCAACAAUUUUUACAAGAAUGUGAUGCCAGUAGCCGACUAUUUCGACCAAAGCAAUAUGCUAAUAUCGAUAAACGGCGAACGCCAUCCUUCUAACGUCUACAAGGACUUUCGAGCAGCAGUAUUCAAAAUUCUCGGAAUGCAAGACAACCCUCCAGUAUUCACAAACGGCAAAGUGGCCACCGUCCCAUCGGACGUCACCACCGAACUUCCAACAAUGCAAGCGUUACCUCCGGCCCAUGUGCAAAACCACGAGCCCGAAAGGCCCAAAACCCAGGUGAUAUCAGUGACCACCAACAACCAGCAUAAUUACCAGUCGCCUGUUAAGGCCGGCUGGCCCCCCGUUUUGUGGGUAAUUGGAGGCCCGGGGAGCAACAAGGCGGCUCUGUGCUCGCAAGCGGCCAAAGACACCAGGUGGACUCACAUCAGUCUGGGGAAGCUGCUCAGAGCCGCAGCUGAACCCCCGGAUCCGAGACACAACAGCGAAACGGCCAAAAUUAGAGAGAGCAUAAGUGCAGGAGAGCUGGUGCCUUUGAACGUCGUGAUGAAGUUCGUGGAGUCGCAUAUGGCGGCCAAUAUGGCGGCGCCGGGAAUCAUCCUUGACGGGUUCCCGAGGGACAUGACCCAGGCCACCGAGUUUGAAGCUAAGUUCAAGCAGAAGCCGUCGAUAGUCCUCCUGGACUGCUCGAAGCUCCAGCUCGGGCGAGGGCGCCUGGACGACAGCGUGACAGCUUUCAGGCGUCGUUUGGAGAUUUUCAGGCAGUCGUCAUUGCCGAUGCUGAAAACCAUGGACAAUAUCGGGCGACUGACGAUCGUGGACGGGGACACGGACACGGCCCCCGUCCAGGACGACUUCAAGGGUGUGGUGAAAGAGCACAUCGAGUACAUCAAGCGCCAGCAGCAGGAGCCGGCGGCCGCCAACGGCUUCGCCAACGGGCACGUGCCCAACGGAGAGGCCACUCUCCAGGACCUGGAGGCCGAACCCAUCGAGACCAUCAGCAAGCACGUGGGCAACGGCGUCGCCCACUCGCUGGCCAACGGGGUGCGCACCAUGGCCAAUGGGUACACCAAUGGGCACAUACCCAACGGGUACGCCCGCGAUUUGCCGCAGUACACCAGCUUCGAUGGGCCUGAUAAUAGACAGAUGUACAACGAAGUUAACUACAUGGAUGGACACAUUUAGUGAUCUGAUUUGUGAUAAUACGAGGACAUGUUACCUACAAGUAUUAUGUGGGUAGUUUUUAGUUGUAGUUUAGGUGUGCUCAAGUGUGCCUUAUGACGGGAAGGUUCAACGAUUGAUGGAAGGUUUUAUGAUGGGAUCCAACAGUAUUCUCUAGAUUUUUAAGCAGCAAUUUUGUAUAGUAAUUAAACACAAAUUAUUUAAUAAUGUUUUUACUGAAAAGACCGCUGGUCGGUUCUAUUAUAAGUGAAUAAGUGGCAAACAUUUGAGAUUCUAUAAGAUAGUAGCACGAAAAUCACAGCACGAAAUAAACACAAAAAUAUUUUCAAGUGUCGAGUAGCAUUUUCAUCCUGUCGAUGUUUAAAUUAUUUGCAUUACUUAACUAAUUGUAUUUUUUCGAAAAGUAAAGAUAGGUGAUUAUGCUACAUAUAGACUGACAAAUAUUUUUUGUAAAAUAAGGAUUUGUGAUUACCUCAAAAUUAUAAUUAUAAAACCUGUUUCUUAAUCAAAGAUCCAAAAAUAUUACUGGAUUUUAAUUUAUUUACUUUAUACUGAAUCGAUUUUUCGC